UAUUGUGCUCGGAAGUGACGUGGAUAGACCGUACCGCACCGGGAGGAACACGGCCAUCGAAGAAAUUUCGGUUACUUGCAAAAUUUCCAACUCCAAUUUCGAGAGUUGCGAAUCCAAUUCGAGCAGAUCAGCGAGUUUCUUGCUGGGAGUCUCUUCUACACUGCUGCUUCUCUCUCCAGAUUCUUCAUUCAAUCCGUAAUUCUCAUAACAACGCAGGGAUGUAUUGAGCUCUGCGUUUGAGAUCUGAUCCAUAACUGUCUGUUUUCUUCUUUCUGGUUGCACUCAUGGGGAUUUUGUUUACUCGAAUGUUUUCUUCGGUGUUUGGGAAUAAGGAAGCUCGGAUCCUUGUUCUUGGCCUUGAUAAUGCUGGGAAAACUACCAUUCUCUAUCGGCUCCAGAUGGGGGAGGUUGUCUCCACAAUUCCAACAAUUGGAUUUAAUGUUGAAACUGUGCAGUACAAUAACAUCAAAUUCCAGGUCUGGGAUCUUGGAGGACAGACUAGUAUCAGACCAUACUGGAGAUGCUAUUUUCCUAAUACGCAAGCUAUAAUCUAUGUGGUUGAUUCAAGUGAUACUGAUAGGCUGGUGAUAGCAAAAGAGGAGUUUCAUGCAAUACUUGAGGAAGAAGAGUUGCGGGGUGCAGUUGCCUUAGUUUUUGCGAAUAAGCAGGAUCUUCCGGGUGCACUUGAUGAUGCAGCAGUCACAGAAGCCUUAGAGUUGCACAAGAUUAAGAACCGUCAAUGGGCUAUAUUUAAAGCCUCUGCUAUAAAAGGAGAAGGUCUUUUUGAGGGAUUGGAUUGGUUAAGUAACACACUCAAGUCUGGAGGUGGCUAAUUCAAGCCAAAAGAAGAACAUUGAGGCGCCCAGUUGACGAAUAUGGUGUUUAAGCGUUAUGAGUUGCAGGAGAGAACGCGUUUGUCCGAGCGAUUUCGCCAGCUUUACUUGCUUUUUAGUCACAAUUUUUUAAGGGAAUGAACUAUCGGUAUACAUGUAAAAUUGCUUUUGAUGAAGAUGGUGGCCACUGGGAGUCUUCGCUGACUCUAUUUUUCUUGUUUCCCAUCUUUAAGUGCUUUGGUUUGAAGCAUGUUCUUAUUCAGAGAUUAUGUCUAAAUUUGUACUUCUCAUCA